UAUUAUUCUGUUGUUAUGACGGAAUACUCUAAAAGAAGCCUCGAUGAACUUUCGCAAGAUGUUGUUCUUCAUACUAAGAGAUCUAAAAAUGACUUGAAUGCUUAUGGCUCCUCUGAGGUUGAGUUUUCCUUAUCAUCCCCUAUAAUGCUUCUCUCCGGUCAUCAGAAUGAAGUAUUUACCUGCAAGUUUAGCCCAGACGGUUUUAGCGUCGCUUCUGCUGGCGUCGAUAAACAAAUUUUUUUAUGGAGAACUUACGGGGAAUGUGAAAACUAUUAUGCACUUUCUGGCCAUCAAGGCCCAAUUAUGGAACUUCAUUGGACUAACGACGGAAAUUUUAUUGUUUCCGCUUCUGUUGAUAAAAUUGUUUCCGUCUGGGAUGCUCAUACCGGAAUUCUAUUAAAGAAAUUGAGAGGAAACUACUCGUUUGUUAAUAGUUGCUGCCCUUCUUCUUCCGGAAACUUAAUAAUUAGCGGUGGCGAUGAUUCGUCCAUUAAACUGUGGGAUAGAAGGUCCGGCAAACGGCCUCUUACGAGUUUAGACGCCAAGUAUCCAGUGACCUCUGUGUGUUUUGGAAAAGAUGAGGAGACUAUCUUUACUGGAGGAAUCGAUAACGAUAUUUACUCGUGGGAUUUGAGAAAAAAUGAGAUUUACUAUAAAAUGAUUGGUCACAAAGAUUCCAUUACUGGGCUUGCCAUUAGUCCGAACGGUUCUUAUUUACUUUCCAAUGGAAUGGACAAUUCUGUUCGUAUGUGGGACGUCCGUGCUUUUAAACUGGGAAGCAGAAUGAUGCGUGUAUUUAUAGGCGCUCAGCAUAACUUUGAGAAAAACUUACUGCGUUGCAGUUGGUCACCCAAUGGAAAAUACGUAAGCGCUGGUUCUGCGGAUCGGAUGGUUUUUAUAUGGAACAGUCAAACGUGCAAACCAAUAUAUAAACUUCCUGGACACGCGGGGAGUGUAAAUGAAGUUCAUUUUCAUCCUUCAGCACCUAUCAUUGUGUCCGGAUCCAGUGAUAAACGACUUUAUCUUGGCGAGCUGGAGCUUUAGACAAAUUGUAUAGUAAACACCAAAAUAAUAAUAAUAGUAAUAAUAAUAAUAAUAAUAAAGUUUGCUUUAUUUUUCCUCAGCAGGCUUUCUACUUACGAAAAACACGCAAUCAUAAACGACGUUGUACAUGGACAAGUA